CGGCCUGCAGUCUGGAGCGCCCCGAUGGAAAUACACUGUAAGCACGACCCGUUUGCAUCCAUGCAUAGACAUGGAGGAGUGAAUCAGCUUGGGGGAGUUUUUGUGAAUGGACGGCCACUCCCGGAUGUAGUCCGCCAAAGGAUAGUGGAACUUGCUCAUCAAGGUGUCAGGCCCUGCGACAUCUCCAGGCAGCUUCGGGUCAGCCAUGGUUGUGUCAGCAAAAUCCUUGGCAGGUAUUAUGAGACGGGGAGCAUCAAGCCUGGGGUAAUUGGAGGAUCCAAACCAAAGGUUGCCACGCCCAAAGUGGUGGAAAAAAUUGCCGAGUAUAAACGCCAAAAUCCCACCAUGUUUGCCUGGGAGAUCAGGGACCGGCUGCUGGCGGAACGAGUGUGUGAUAAUGACACGGUGCCCAGCGUCAGUUCCAUCAACAGGAUCAUCCGGACAAAAGUACAGCAGCCACCCAACCAGCCGGUCCCAGCUUCCAGUCACAGCAUUGUGUCCACGGGCUCCGUGACGCAGGUGUCCUCGGUGAGCACGGACUCCGCUGGCUCUUCGUACUCCAUCAGCGGCAUCCUGGGCAUCACGUCCCCCAGCGCUGACACCAACAAGCGCAAGAGAGAUGAAGGUAUUCAGGAGUCUCCGGUGCCAAACGGUCACUCACUGCCGGGCAGAGAUUUCCUCCGGAAGCAGAUGCGGGGAGACCUGUUCACGCAGCAGCAGCUGGAGGUGCUGGACCGCGUGUUCGAGAGGCAGCACUACUCGGACAUCUUCACCACCACGGAGCCCAUCAAGCCUGAGCAGACCCCUGAGUAUUCAGCCAUGGCCUCACUGGCUGGAGGGCUGGACGACAUGAAGGCCAACCUGACCAGCCCCACCCCUGCCGAUAUCGGGAGCAGCGUGCCUGGGCCGCAGACCUACCCCAUCGUGACAGGCCGAGACUUGGCGAGCACGACCCUCCCCGGGUACCCUCCGCACGUCCCCCCCGCCGGACAGGGCAGCUACUCAGCACCGACGCUGACAGGGAUGGUGCCUGGGAGUGAGUUUUCCGGGAGCCCCUACAGCCACCCUCAGUAUCCCUCCUACAACGACUCCUGGAGGUUCCCCAACCCGGGGCUGCUCGGCUCCCCCUACUAUUACAGCGCGGCCGCCCGAGGAGCUGCCCCGCCUGCGGCCGCCACUGCCUACGACCGGCACUGACCCUCGGAGCCAGGCAGACGCCAGCACUGAUGACACAUAUCACUGAGGGCGAUCGCCUCCCAGCCCCUUCAGAGACAGCCGGAGGGGCCCAACGAGAGCAUCCCCCAGCACCCUGCCCCCCCCCUCAUUUGAAACUCUGCCCACCUUUUCCUGUCAGGGACUCUGGGGUUCUAUGGUACGACUGCCGGACUUCUGGACACCUGUCCCUUUCUAAGAGUCGAUCGAUGAGCCCCUCCCAACGGUGACGGGGUCUCCACGCAUCAACAGACCGUUCCGCAGGGAACUGCAGCCCCAGCCCAGCCUGCCAGUCCCCCGUCUGUCUGCCCGUCUUCAGGCCCCGGGCCUGGGGAGAAGAGCUUGCCUUGGGCAUUUCAGCAGCAGCACCUGUGUAAAUACCUUCUUGCUUUUCUUGUGGGCCCAAAGGUCCAACUGAGCAGACUGCCAGCCGUUAUGCAUUCAGCUCUCCCAGUGCAUCACAGACCUGAGUGCAGAGCAUCCCCUCUGCCCUGGGUGCCCCCCCCAUCCCCCCCCACCCCCGCAGUGGGGAGCUGUCCAUGGGACUGAGGAUGCCCGACUCGGGCCCCGGCCUCCUGGUCAUUGCUACUUCUUUAGCAUCUUGACUAGGAGUCUCACUAAACUGGUUAUACUCCAAGCCUCCCGUGCCGAGACUCUUCCCCAAGAGAAACACACUUUGGGGAGAUACCCUGGCUUCCUGCCUCCAUUACCCUGGGCCCGAUGCAGUGCAAACAGCUCUUUUCCGUAUAUCAAAUGACUCAAAGAACUGCCAACUGCUGUUCUAAAGUACAAUGUCCCAGGUGCUGAUUGCACUGUGGACUUGGAACAUUACACCUGGAUGGGACCCAGGAGAUCAUGGUCCAAGGCGGGGCCUGAGGUCCUCCUGACCCGCCAGCCCCUGGAACCGCUGACCUGAACGGGGGUGUGUUUUCUGAGGCAUUCCCAGGCUCCGAUCACUAUGGACACCCACCAUGGACACUGCCCUCGCCCUCCAGGACCCCCGUGAGUGGAUUCUGUUCUGCCAUGUAGACAGUGGUUAACAAAGAGGACUUUGCCUGCACUGAAGACCACACGCACCUGCAGCGUCUCCAGCACUUCCUGAGCAGCUCUCUGGUCCUGGUGGAGCCUAGCAUGCCGCUGGGAAUGGAGGUGCCAGGUGGGGCAGAUGCCCAACUUCCAAUAUGGCCUUUGGACAUCGAGUCUUUGUAGAAAUGCUGACUACAUUGCAAAUGGAACUCUUUGCCCGGAAGACACAUGGAUUUUGCUUUUCCUUCUUUGACAGUUGACUCUGUCUUAGGGACUGACCCUCCAGCAUCAAAGAAAUACGUAUCCACCAAAGUUUGUGAUGCCUGCAUAGAUGCUUACUUGUAAAAAAAAAAAAAAUUACAAAUAAAAACCAACAA